AAUAGGUUUUAUGGAGGGUUUAGAGGCGGCUGGCUGGGCUGGAUGUUUGUCUCAGAUCUUUACCAUAAACAUAACAUUUGCCUCUGUCUCUAAGGUCCAUAAUGUGGACGAACUUGGCCAAGCGAGCUUCCUCAACCCUAAGGAAUAACUUCCGUGUUUCUUCUUUAUCUCCGAGAUUUUGUAAGCCCCAAACAUGUAAAACAUUUCAGGGUUUCCCUGAAGUCGGGGUGAGUCAGUCCAAGUUUGUGUUUCACGAGGGUUUUUCUUGUUCUUCUUCUUGGUCGUGGUCUUGGAUGGUGCUGGGCAGAGGUCAUGCUAGCGUUGCGGAGGCUAUUGAGUCGACGGACACCGAAGAUGACUACGAUGAGGUUCAGAAAUUGUUGGAGGAAAUGGCGAAGGCAGAACACAAAGUGGACAGCAGCAGCUACAAGUACAAGUUGCUGAAGAGGAGGCAGAUAGAAUCGGAGACGGAGGCGUGGGCAGAAGCAGCAAGAGAGUACGGGGAACUGUUGGAGGACAUGCGUGACAAGAAGCUUGCUCCCAAUUUGCCGUACAUGAAGUCACUCUUUCUGGGUUGGUUUGAGCCCCUAAGAAAUGCAAUUCUCGCUGAUCAAGACCUUUGCAAGGAUAGCAAGUGCAGGAUGAGCCAUGCUCCUUAUUUCAAUGACUUGCCCGCUGACAUGAUGGCUGUGGUCACCAUGCACAAGUUGAUGGCCUUGUUGAUGACCAAUGCUAAUGGGGUUGGCACCGCUCGGGUCAUUCAAGCCGCUUGUCAAAUAGGUGAAGCUGUUGAGAACGAGGCUAGGAUAUACCAAUUUAUGAAGAGGGAGAAGGAGAACAAAUCAUCUCAUCUUGCACCGGUAGAACAAAGUGGAAAACUGACCGAAGAGAACGGGGAAAUGGAACAAAAGCAGAGCAGACUUCGGAAAAGAGUUGCUGGUUUGAUGAAAAAACAGAAGAAGCUACAAGCGAUGGGAAUAAUCGGGAGACAAGAUGAUUGGAAAACUUGGGGACAAGAAGCUCAAGUAAAGGUUGGUUCUCGAUUGAUGCAACUGUUAAUAGAAACAGCCUACAUUCAACCGCCUACCAAUCAGAUUGGAGAUGGUCCACCAGAUAUCCACCCUGCAUUUAGACAUACCCUUAGAACACUUUCAAAUGAGUCACAGAGGGAAACUAGGAGAUAUGGUGUUAUUGAAUGUGAUCCUCUGGUGCAAAAUGGCCUUGAAAAGUCUGCAAGGCACAUGGUCAUCCCCUAUAUGCCAAUGUUGGUGCCACCUAUAAACUGGACAGGGUAUGACAAAGGAGCAUACUUGUUUUUGCCAUCGUAUGUUAUGAGAGUACAUGGAGCAAAGCAGCAACGUGAAGCAGUUAAGAGGGCUCCCAAGAGUCAACUUGAUCCUGUUUUUGAGGCCCUUAAUACCCUUGGCAAUACCAAAUGGAGGGUAAACAAAAGGGUGCUCUGUGUGAUAGAUCAAAUAUGGGCUAAUGGAGGACGCCUGGCUGAUUUGGUGGAUCGUGAAAAUGUUCCUAGCCCUAAGGAACCAGAUACAAUAGAUGAAGCAGAAAUCCGAAAAUGGAAGUGGAAAGUCAAAGCUGUGAAAAAGGAGAAUAGCGAGAGACAUUCACAGCGAUGUGACAUAGAACUUAAACUUGCUGUUGCUCGAAAGAUGAAGGAUGAAGAAGCCUUCUAUUAUCCUCACAAUCUUGAUUUUCGAGGGCGAGCUUAUCCCAUGCACCCAUAUUUGAAUCAUCUUGGUUCUGAUUUAUGCCGAGGCAUACUUGAGUUUGCAGAGGGACGUUCACUAGGGAAGUCAGGCUUGCGCUGGUUAAAAAUACAUCUUGCAAAUUUGUAUGCUGGUGGUGUCGACAAGUUAUCUUAUGAUGGCCGAAUAUCAUUUACUGAGAACCACCUGGAUGAUAUAUUUGAUUCUGCAGACAGGCCUCUUGAAGGAAAACACUGGUGGUUGCAAGCAGAGGAUCCUUUUCAGUGCUUGGCGGCAUGCAUCAAUCUUUCGGAAGCAUUGAGAAGCCCAACUCCUGAGACUACCAUUUCUCAUAUGCCAGUACACCAGGAUGGUUCAUGCAAUGGCUUGCAACACUAUGCAGCACUUGGGAGGGACAAGUUGGGAGCUGCUGCAGUCAAUCUUGUUGGUGGAGACCAGCCUGCUGAUGUUUACUCAGGAAUUGCUGCCAGAGUACUUGAAAUCAUGAAAAGGGACGCAGAGAAAGAUCCCCGUACUAAUCCGAAUGCAUUGCAUGCUAGGCGUUUAAUCAGCCAGGUGGACCGAAAGUUGGUGAAGCAAACAGUGAUGACAUCAGUCUAUGGAGUGACUUACAUUGGGGCCAGGGACCAGAUAAAGAGGAGGCUAAAGGAGCGUUGUGCCAUUGAGGAUGAUGUAGAGCUGUUUGCUGCUUCCUGCUAUGCAGCAAAAACCACUCUCACCGCUUUAGAAGAGAUGUUUGAGGCUGCAAGGAGUAUUAUGGGUUGGCUAGGUGAUUGUGCAAAGGUGAUAGCUGCCACUAACCAAGCAGUCCGAUGGAUCACUCCACUUGGUCUUCCAGUAGUACAACCCUACCGACAAUUUGGAAGACAUCUUAUCAAGACUUCCCUUCAGAUAUUGACAUUACAACGGGAGACUAACAAGGUCAUGGUUAAACGGCAGAGAACAGCUUUUCCCCCAAAUUUUGUUCACUCUCUUGAUGGUUCUCACAUGAUGAUGACUGCAGUUGCUUGUAAAAAAGCAGGGUUGAACUUUGCAGGGGUUCAUGAUUCAUAUUGGACACAUGCGUGUGAUGUUGAUGAAAUGAACAGGAUACUCAGGGAAAAGUUUGUUGAACUCUAUGAUGCUCCAAUAUUGGAAAAUUUGUUGGAGAGCUUCCAAAAGACUUUUCCCGCAUUGAACUUUCCUCCCUUACCUGAACGAGGAGACUUUGAUCUUCAGGAGGUUUUGGGGUCUGCCUAUUUUUUUAACUAGAUUCUCAGAAACUCAGGUUACUUAAUCUUGUUCUAUCUUCUCCUGUGGUCCUGUGGAGAUAAAGUCCAAUAGCAUGGAAUUUGUAUAUAUACAUGUAUAUCUACAUGCAUGGGAUUGUGAAAGCCCCAACCAUGGAGAAGAAAGAAGUGUGUGAAGCAAGAACUGGGUUGCCAAAUUAGUACCUUCAGGAAUCUUGUACUUCUUUUCUACGCCUGUUUUAAACAGGCAUAUUUCCUUGAAGAGAUGUCCCAUAGUUGGUACUCCAGUUGUCUUCCAAAUCCACUAUUUUAUAGAGGAUACAAGGAAUGAGGUGAUCUAACUUGGAUUUGUCAUGAAAGAAAGAGGGCCUCCACAUAUGGUUUUACUGUCAAAGCAAGAAGUGUAUAGUGCAGGCAAUCUGUUUUAUUUCAUGGUUGAUGUAACAUAGACUAAUUAAGGAUUGGAGCACUGGUAAUCAUUUCUGGUGAUUUCUCAGAUCUGGAUGCUUCAGUCCGCUUUGCAAAGCAGCCAAAAUCAAGUUUGUUGGCAAGAUCUUUUGUUUUGCUGCUUUUAUACAUUGUAUUUUAUUUCAUUCUUUUUGGGAAGGGAUUAAGAGCAUGUGUAACACUUAUGUCAUUGUUACUGUCAUACUUGUUCUUACACUGCUUUUUCCAUUAUUUGAAUUGAAUAUAGUCAAAUAAAUAAAUAUCAAAGGAAAAAACACAUUUUACUUGCGGUUUCCAAUUGUA